AUGACCGACGCGCGUCGCGCCGAUGAAGUCUCCCGACGCGUCCUGCGCGACGCCCUGGAGUCCCACGCGUGCGUCGCCCUGUGGAUCAUCCUGAGCGCGGUGGUCAUCUUAUUCAACAAGUACAUUCUUAGCGUGUACGGGUUUCCGUAUCCGAUCGCGCUGACGAUGACGCACAUGGCGUUCUGCUCCGCCAUCGCGUUCGCGCUCGUGCGCGUGUUCAAGGUGGUGGAACCGAGCGAGGGGAUGACGCGGGAGACGUACCGCGAACGCGUGGCGCCCAUCGCGCUCUUGUUCGCGAUAUCUCUGUGGGCGUCGAACACCGCGUACGUGUACCUGAGCGUGGCGUACAUACAAAUGUUGAAGGCGUUAUCGCCGGUGACGGUGUACGGGAUCGGGUGCGCGAUCGGGCUGGAGACGUUCACCGCGAGACGGUUGGGGAAUCUUGGGGUGGUGACGCUCGGGGUGAUGAUCGCGUCGUACGGGGAACUGAAUUUCAACAUGUUUGGGUUCUGUGUGCAGUUAUUGGCGGUCGUGGUGGAAGCGUGUCGAAUCGUGAGCGUGCAGAUCGUGUUGGGAAAGGCGAACUUGAAGCUGAAUCCGAUCACGACGCUGUACUACGUCUCUCCGGCUUCGUUCGUGUUCUUGCUCGUGCCGUUCGCGCUGUUGGAGAUGCCGAAGAUCGUGUACGGGUACGAGGUAACGCACUCGGUGCAUUAUCAGGCUGGGAUCAUGCUUGGGAACGCGUCGUGCGCGUUUCUGUUGAACUUGGCGCUGUAUCUCCUCAUCGGGCGCACGAGCGCGCUGACGCUGAACGUCUCGGGCGUCAUCAAGGACAUGUUCCUGAUCGGUAUCAGCGCCGCCGUUUUCGAGUCCCCGAUAUCGGCAACGCAGCUCGUGGGUAGUCUCGUGGCGUUCAGCGGCGUGUGCUACUACAACUACGCAAAGUUGAACGAGGCGCAGCGAAAGGCGGCGCAGGAGUUGGAGACACAGACAGAGGUGAAAACUGGAGACAACAAGUUAGAGAAACUUUAG